UGACUUUCACCAUUUUGUGACAUGUUUCAUGCAUGUUACUGUCUUGUUAGGAUUCACAUCUCUGGAUGUGGAUCGCCAGUGCAUCUUCAGUACGUGUUUACAAUCGUUUUAGCCCGAACAACAGUUGAGAUGGCCGUUCAAUUAUCAGUCGCCCUCCACGCUGGCAGUUCGCGAUGUUAUCACCCUGACGCACGUGACUUCAGCCCUAGGAGGAACGACAACAAUCCGUUAUGGUCUCGUAUUAUUGAAGCAUGUAUUGGCGUAUAUGAUAUUGCUAUGGUCAUAUGUGUAGCACCGCAAUGAACCUUAAAAUCCAGUGCUGAAUGAAUGUCGGUUUUAACUACUCACGUUCAUACGUUUUGUGCGUUACUCAUCUUUAUCUUCAUCUUUAUUUUCUCUAUCUUAUCUUAAGUUUAUCCAUCGACAGGUUCUUUUAAGUGAAAAUCCAUGUGCUCCCUGGUCGACCUUAAUGGGCCUCCCUGAAGUGAGCUGCAGUCUGUGCCAAGAAACCACUGCUGAGAGAUGCUCAUCCUCAGAUUAUUUCACCAGGAUUUGACAGAAGGCACUACUUCACCUGCCGCUCUGUUUCAACAAUAGAAGAACUCAGAUUGAGAUGAGCCAGACGACAGAGGAGUUCAGUCCUGUGUUCUGCUCAUGAACUAAAGUGCCAAUCUCAUCCUGUUAGCUUUUCUACUGAGUAUAAUGCGCUAAGUUAUUCAAAAGUCUGUUAAAGAUAUGAUCAACAUAUUACAUUGUAAAACCAUACUCUGACAAAUGUGCGUAGAAGGCAAGUCGUUUUUUGAAUCACACAAUUACGUUCUUGAUCAUUGUGAGUUUGCAUUUCUCAAGGAAAUUCAGAAGUUCCAUUAAAGACUUAUGGUGGUUGUCAGCAGUGUGACAAAUGAACGUAGUCUCCUGCUGGUUGUAUAACAUCCGGCUUCCUACUGGUUCGACAGGAGUUGUCUCUUGUUUACUUGAGUUGUUUAGAGAAUGUUGGAAUGUUUUGGGUCAGUUGGAAAAGUACCUGUUUAUGCAGAAGAUUAAAGUGUUUUUUUUGGGGGGUUGAAGGACUGAGCUGCUUGAGGUAGACCUUUGUCCAGCCACAUGAACAGCCAGCCCGCCUUUUAUAAUAAUGAGGCUGCAGUCUGCGUACGUGUACCGGGAGUCAGCUGAACUGUGGACUGCAGGACGUGUCGAUGGAGUGGAUUUGUUGGUCCGCCUCGUCAGACUUUUUCAGAAUCACAGCAGUGGCUAAUGAUCUACCAGAGGGUUUAUAUAAGAGUGUGGAGCAUGUGAGAACUCAGUAGUGGAUCGGGGUUUGCCUUCAGACUACCUGACUGAGGGCAGACAUGUUCCUGUUAGGGUCCACAGUCCUUUUCAUGGUCCUCCUGCCAGCUCUGUCCACACCAACAGAGGACUGGCAGAGGGCCACUUCUAUUUAUAAUUUCUCAGCGUAUGACAUCGAUGGCAAUUUGGUCUCCCUUGAAAAAUACAGGGGAGAUGUUGUCAUCAUUACCAACGUUGCCUCUAAAUGAGGCAAAACCCCAGUAAACUACUCUCAGUUUACGGAGAUGUACGCCAAGUACGCUGAGAGAGGUUUACGCAUCCUUGCCUUCCCUUCAAAUCAGUUUGCUAACCAGGAGCCUGGCACUAACGCUCAGAUCAAGCAGUUUGCUGAGUCCUACCAUGCCAAGUUCGACAUGUUCAGUAAGAUUGAUGUGAACGGUGAGAACGCCCAUCCUCUGUGGAAGUGGCUGAAGGAGCAGCCCAAUGGAAGAGGCUUCAUGGGAAAUAGUAUCAAGUGGAAUUUCACCAAGUUUCUGAUCAACAGAGAAGGACAAGUAGUGAAGAGAUAUGGACCCAUGGAUGAUCCCAGCGUGGUAGAGCAGGACCUUCCUCUGUAUCUGUAGACCCCCCCACCCCCCAAGCCGGAACGAUGAAGACCUCACUUACACACUGACACACGAGUGUAUUAUCUCCCAGUCACAUGUUCAUUCAUUUCCUUACUUCUCCAAGCAUUGGUGGGUGAAAGUUUGGUUACCUACCCCCGACCAGUGACGGUGUGUCCAUAAACCUGUGUGGCAGGCAGGACAGACCUGAUGACAAAACGGCGUACAAACCUACGGGGAUAAUUGCCAAGGUCAUAUCACCAAUGUUAGGAAGGAGAGAAGAAAUAAUGAAACAUGUUUUCGACGACUGCAGUAUGUGCCUCUCUUUCCAUAAUAAAG